AAUGACGAUUUGCGCAUGCCCAAGCCGACUCCACUUUUACAUAACAAGAUGGCGGCGCCCUGUAGGAAGCUUGCGAGGUCGGUGAUGUUUAAAGGUUUGUGUCAGAUUCCAGGCCGGUCAUUAUGGACACAGAGGUGCCCGGUCAAGUUACAGGCUCUGAGGUGCAUUCCUCCCCGGUGUCUCACCCGACUCUACCAGCCACUGACCACCACCAGGUCAACACUGAUCAGCACCAAAACAGAACAGCCGAGAAGCACCGAUCAGCAGAAAACGACUGACACGCAGAAAGAGCAAAAGAAAGAGACUGAGGAGGAAGAGGAGGAGCAGGGACCAGCGUACAUCCCCACGAGAAAGGCCAAGAACCCCAUGAUGAAGAUCGGAUAUGCCUGGAUGAUAGGUCUCCCUGCAGGAAUAAUAGGGUUCAUCCUGACCAAGAGAGAGGUGGAUAAGAACCGCCUGAAGCAGCUGAGGAUUCGCCAGCGGAUGAACCGGUCCAAUGAAGGAGAAUACGAGGGCAGUCGCUACCGCAACCACAGACUGGACUGAUCCCAACUCCAUUGAGAAGAUGUGUGUGUGCGUGCUUGAGUGAAUGUGUGUGUGUGCUUGAGUGAAUGUGUGUGCGUGUGUGUAUGUGUGUGUUCACUGCCUCUUCUGCCGUUGGACUGACGAAGCCUUAAAAAGAGACUGAUGUAUACGGAUUGGAAACAGUUGUUGAGAGACACCCAUACUACUUUGCUCGGUGUUCGCACCUACAAGAAUGUACAUGAAUCGACUGUGAACAAGUCCAUGAUGAUCGCACAAGACUGUCUGCGUGGAUCAGUAUAGGAUCCAGAGUUCUUCCUAUGUCAUGCCCUUUGUCGGGAGAAACGCUGGCCAUGUCACUCUGCUACGUUCAACAGGCAUUUUCUUUCCUGAUUUUUCAAAACAUGCAUCAGUCAGUACACCCUGCAAACUGUGUUCCCAUAUGAUUUCUCUCAACAGUCAAUCGUUUUACAUCAAUAGUCUAAAACGUCCAUUCUUCUCAUGUGGUAGAAUAGAAGCUUGUCUUUUAAUGCUUUGAAGGUGUGAAUUUGGGCCUUUUCUCAGUGUUCUGCUAUGUCAUCGAAUGUUUUGUUCUGAGGGUUCUAAACACAUUUGAGCCUAGAACUGUAUGUUCAAGCCAGUACAUGAGAAUUAGGCUAAACAUUUCACAAUGCUAUAAUAGGUACCCUGUAUGUGGUAUCAUGUACAUCAGAAACAGACAUUGCAUUUACGUAAAAAGGAAUUUACAUCUGUAAGAUGGCACCACUAAGACGAGACCACUACCUAACGGCGUAUCAAAAUCAAACCAAUCGUCGUUACCUAUGUUUAAAUCAUAGAAAAGCAUCAGACAUGCAGAGUAAAAAGAAAUACAAAAAUAACAGCGGAUAACUUAUCCAGAGUGGGUGGAGGAGGUGAGGCCAGACAGGGUAGUCAUCUGCUCUUACUCCUGAUGAGCUUAAAUUCAUGUGUCUCAGAGCAGACAGUAUGUAUUGUAUGAAGUUUUGCAGUUCUUGUAUAGGGUGAAACAGAUGGGGAGGGGGGGAUUUGUGCUGUUCCCUCUGGGUACCAGCUCAUGUGGGAGUAGAGGGGAAUGAGGAAGUGGAUAUUAUUGCCAAUCAGGCUCGUAAACAUCCUGAUGUUGAGCUGGAAUUGUCAAUUGGUAAAGCGGAAUGGAUGAAUAAGAACAGUGGUUAAAAGUGGCAAUAGUUGUGGAACAGGGAGAGUAAGGGAAGACACCUGUAUAAGAGUUGUGGAACAGGGAGAGUAAGGGAAGACACCUGUAUAGGAGUUGUGGAACAGGGAGAGUAAGGGAAGACACCUGUAUAAGAGUUGUGGAACAGGGAGAGUAAGGAAAGACACCUGUAUAAGAGUUGUGGAACAGGGAGAGUAAAGGAAGACAGACACCUGUAUGAGAUCCAAGUGGGGGCAGGGAGGUCCUCAGGCCGAGAGAGAAGGGAGGAAAGUGUAGUCACAUGGCUGAGACUGGGACAUACAAGGCUAAAUAGUGCAUUGAAAGUGGUGGUGAACCAUCCGACUGGGAGGUGUGAUCAUUGUCAGGAAGGAGACGGAGACAGUGCAACACGUUCUAUUUCAGUGCCAGAAAUAUGUGAAAGGGAGCGAUUGCCAUUAGAUUUGAGGAGUAACAGAGGGGUAUAAGAGCCUUCAUUGUCUCUGGUCCACACUCCAGUCCAGUUGGUGCCGGUAAUGCACCUUAAAGUUGGUUGCCGGCCGCCAUAUAAAUUCCACAGAAGAAGAAGUAAAAAUAAAAACCUGUCUCUACUUUGACGUUUCCUCUUUA